CUGAAAGGAGAGGUCCAAGGUAAUUUAUUACUCUUAUAAAAGAGGGAACUCGACUGAAAGGAGAGGGAGAGGGAUUUGACUUUUUCUGUCAGGCCAAUUUCUUUCUAGUGGUAAGUGCUUUCAGCCAGUUCUAGUCCUUUUCUUAUACGCUUAUUGGCGUUAGCACAUUCCUCUUUCUUAUUGGAUGGAGUUGUUUUGCCACCUGGAGUUUUAAUGGAAGUUUGAGUGCGUCCUAAAAGCCAAUGCUUCUGCCUUUUGGAAGUGUCUGCCUAUAUCUGUCCUCCCCAUUUAAUCAGUCUCUGUCCUUACCUUCGACGUUCUAUUGGAUGGGGUUCUAUACGAGCGUUCCAUACCGUCUCUUGGGAUCAAACUGAAUUAAGUUGGACUCCCUUCAAGAGAUAGAUUUCUUUCCACGAUAAUAUCUAUAUUUUCUUAAGAAAGAAGACUAGAAUAUCAUUGGGAGUGCACUUAAGCCAAUUGGAGUACUAGGCCUUCUGUUCCAGUGACAGUUAUAGAAAAAAGCGAAGCCCUCCACUCAUAAGUAAUAAGUAAUUUCAUCCCUUACCAGUCCGUCCUACCAGCUCUUCUGUCUUCCUUUUUAAAAGGAGCUAACGAUACGAUGUUCAAGCUUUGCCAGAAGCCUUUUGCAGAGAGAAAGUUCGAAGAUCAGGAUCAGGAUUGGAUUGAAAAUAAAUCUCCUCAGCAUUCAAUUCAAGUGGGUCUAUCGAUACAAGUGGUAAGACCGAUAAUUCAGCAUCCAAGACCUGGCCGAUGUCUACUUCAAAUUCAAGUGCCACUUAUCUUAACACAACUCGGGCUAAUCGACUCCCAGCCUAUCCCGACCUGGUCCUUUCGAACCAGUCUUUAUAAACCUGGUGAAAGCAAUCAAGCAGGACUUACCUGCUGGGAGCCCCCUUCCUUCUAUUCCGAAACCUAGAAGUUUUUUUUUCCAGCUCUUGAGCUGAUUGAAUGAUUUUUGUUCACUGCUAAGCUAAUCCUUCUGUCCUACUUUACUCUAUUAUGAGACCUCACCCUAGGCUAGGGAGCUGGUUUAAGCCAUGCCCUUAUUUGACUCCCAAGACCGGAUACAUAGCUCUUCUGAGCGGGUCAAAUUCAAAUACAAUGAGUGCUUAGGGAAAGUAAGAAAGAAAGACAUAAAGCGGAAUCCGGUAAUCCUACUGCUACUAAGACUACUCCGUCUUAGGGCUAGGAGUUCAAGCGCGGCGUAACGGGGGUUGUCAGCGUAACAGCUGGUGCUCUAAUCUGAGCUGAGAAAUAGGAACUGCACUUCGACUUGAUUUAUUUAUUU